AUGUCAGUGACAAUGGAGAGGUUGAGUUCAGGCCUCGCUUACCCGGACCGAUUCUAUGCGGCGGCAGCCUACGCCGGCUUCGGUGGAUCCCCAAACUCUUCUGCUAAAGGCGUCAGCUCAAAGUUUUCGAACGAUGCCGCUCUUCUUCUCUAUGCCCUUUACCAGCAAGCAACUGUUGGGCCAUGUAACAUUCCUAAGCCUAGAGGUUGGAGUCCUGUUGAACAAAGUAAAUGGACAAGCUGGAGUGGACUUGGAAAUAUGGCUUCCACAGAGGCUAUGCGUCUCUUUGUUAAAAUAUUGGAGGAAGAAGAUCCAGGAUGGUAUUCAAGAGCAUCGCACUUUGUCUCAGAGCCUGUGGUUGAUGUUGAAAUGCAUCACAAUCCCAAAGUUGAGCCGGUCGCUGAGAAUGGACACACUAAGUCUAUGCCUGCUGAAAAUGGUAACCUUUCAGAAACUCAGGAUAAAGAUGUUGUAUCUGAAGGCCUUGGUGUAGUUAGUAUCUAUGACCAGUGGGUUGCACCCCCAGUGUCUGGCACACUUCCAAAAGCUCGAUAUGAGCAUGGAGCUGCUGUUUGUGAUGAUAAGAUGUAUAUAUUUGGUGGAAACCACAAUGGGCGUUACCUAAACGAUCUCCAGGUUCUGGAUUUGAGAAGUUGGAUGUGGGCCAAGGUGAACAUUCAAUUAGGGAAUGAGGGCCCUGUAACUCCCUGUGCUGGACAUUCCUUGAUACCAUGGGGUGGAAGUAAGCUUCUUUCUAUAGCUGGACAUUCAAAGAAUCCUCCUGAAACUUUACAAGUGAAGGAGUUUGAUCUGCAAACUUGUACAUGGUCAACCUUGAAGACUUAUGGAAAGCCUCCGGUUUCUCGUGGAGGGCAAUCAGUGACCCUUGUAGGAUCAACCCUAGUCAUAUUUGGUGGACAAGAUGCAAAGAGGUCUCAUUUGAAUGACCUGCAUAUUUUGGACUUAGAGACCAUGACCUGGGAUGAAAUGGACACGUUGGGAGUGCCACCUUCUCCAAGGUCCGAUCAUGCAGCUGCAGUACACGCAGAGCGUUACCUUCUUAUCUUUGGUGGGGGUUCACAUGCAACUUGCUUCAAUGAUCUGCAUGUUUUUGAUUUGCGAACUAUGGAAUGGUCUAGACCUAUACAGCAGGGUGAGAUACCAAGUCCUCGUGCUGGCCAUGCUAGUUUGACAAUUGGAGAAAAUUGGUUCAUUGUCGGUGGUGGUGACAAUAAGAGUGGAGUCUCAGAAACUGUUGUCCUCAACAUGUCCACAUUGGUUUGGUCUGUUGUAACAAGUGUCCAAAGGGGUGCUCCUCUUGCUAGUGAGGGCUCAAGUUUGGUCCUAAGUUCCUUCAGUGGUGAAGAUAUCCUGGUUUCAUUCGGAGGAUAUAAUGGGCGGUACAACAACGAGGUCAAUAUACUUAAACCAAGUCAUAAAUCAACUCUGCAAUCAAAGCUGAUGGAGACACCAGUGCCUGAUAGUGUAACAGCUGUUCAAAAUGCUACAAAUGCUACCAGAGACGUGGAGUCUGAACUUGAGACAGACCAAGAAGGAAAAAUAAGAGAGAUUGUUAUGGACAAUGCUGAUUCGGAGCCAAUGAUCAAAAACGUUGGAGAGACCCAUGUUCAUCUCUUAGCCACCCUCAAGGCAGAAAAGGAAGAACUAGAAUUAUCUCUCAAUAAGGAGAAAAUGCAAACCCUUGAGCUAAAGCAAGAAUUAAUGGAAGCAGAGACUCGCAACACAGACCUAUACAAGGAACUCCAAUCCGUGCGAGGCCAACUUGCUGCUGAACAGUCCAGAUGUUUUAAACUUGAGGUCGAUGUUGCAGAGUUUCGACAGAAGUUGCAAAUGUUGGACACAUUACAGAAGGAACUUGAACUCCUCCGGCGCCAGAAAGCUGCCUCAGAAGAAGCUGCCUUAAGUGCCAAACAAAGGCGGAACGAAGGAGGUGGCGUGUGGGGGUGGCUUGCUGGUACGCCUCCCACCCAAAAUGUGAACGAUGCAUGA